GGGAGACGUCAGUGGAGUUCCGCGUCUUUAAAGCUACAAAGCUAAUCGCGUUGUAAUGCCACUUUAAUUGCACUUCUCCAUUAAAAGCGGCUGUUUUUAUCCAUGACAGCGUAGAGGUUAACCUCCGGCAUGCUGGCGGAUUAUUUUAGUACAAGGGAAGCUUUUAAAACUUAAUUCGAGCAGCUGUGAACCGCCAUGAGCGCCAGCGCGGCGUCCGCGCAGAUGGACGAAGUCCGGCUUAGAGCCCGGUCGCUGCUCUCCUCCUCGGGCUUGGCUCAGGACGUGAAGGCCGAGGUCCAGACGAUGGCCGCCUUCCCGCUGCCCCCGUCAGAGAAGUACCGUCACCUGGCAGCGGAGGCCAUGCUGAAGGAGAACACGGCGGGCGACAGCGAACAGGAGGUGCUGGAGUCGUUGAGCAGACUGAUUAAGGCCUUGAGCAUCCUGGAGAAGUACGGCUGUAACCUGACCAGUCCCACCAGGCCCAGGUACUGGAGGAGCGUCAAGCACAACAACCCGGUCUUCAGGACCACCGUGGACGCAGUCAAGGGAGGCCGCAGAGUCCUGUAUUUGUACGGUUACAUCAACCAGCAGAUCGAUGGUCUCAGCUUUCCCGACGAAGUCAUCGAACCGAACGCGGAAAAGGUUGCCGAGGUGACCCUGGAGGUCAUGACCUUACGCACCGAGGUGGACAUGCUCAUAAAGGAAACUCAUCCUCAUAAAGAAUACUUCAGAGACAUCAUCCCAUCCCUCAUCCAGCAGACGGAGCUGGCGAGCGACGCCGUGGUCAUCCCGCCGGCCGAGGAGCAGCGGGAGGACGAACCGCAGGCCUCGCCUCCUUCGACUAAACCUCCUGUGCUCCCCAAGCCGUCCCCAGCGUGUGCAGACCGUCCUGCCGCCGCCGCCGCCGCCUGCAGUCUCUGCGGCGGCGCCCCGUCUCUGCUCUGCCCCUCAUGCAACAGGCAGCAGUUCUGCGACGCGUGCGACGACCUCUUCCACCGCCACCCGACCAGAGCCAAUCACAAGAGGGACAAGCUGCAGAGAAGCAAACAGGAAACGUGCAGCAUCUGCGGCGUGGCUGCCGUCCACGCUCAGUGCUCCACCUGCGUCCAGAGGCUGUGUGUGAACUGCGACAUGCUGUUCCACUCUCACCCCGACCGCAAAGGACACAACAGGACGCACGUCACGCCCGCCAAAACCUCCAGUCCGUCCCUCUCUCCGUGGUCGUGCGCCCACUGCACCACCGUGAACGAGAUGCGCGCCGUGCUCUGCAUCACCUGCGAGCGCCCCCGGCUGGCCACGGCCGCCUCGCCCGCCCUGGAAGCCUCGGCUUCGCUUCCCACGUCUCCAAACUCAGAGUGGCAGUGUAAAAGCUGCACGGUGGUGAAUCAGGGCAGCAGCAUCCUCUGUGAGGUGUGUGAGCGCCCCCGUCUGGCCACCCGCCCGCCCGUCACCCCGGCAGCGUCCGGCCCCGGGUCCCCGCCGGCCUCUGGAGGAAAGUGGACGUGUCACUUCUGCACGUACCUGAACACCAAGCCCUCGGCGGCGUGCGAGAUGUGUAACCUGUCCUGUAAAGAGUCCGCCGGGGGUUCAGCGCCUCGCUCUCUGCAGCAGACGCCGGCCAGCGCCAAGGCCCCCAGGCCGCAGCCGAAGCCCCGGGUCAACCUGGACCUGAAGAGGCAGAACGCGAUGAAGGAGGACGGCCUCAACCUCAUCCAUCAAAUACGAGAAGCAGAGAAGCGAGGCGUCAGCCCGGAGGAAGUGUACGCCGCCCUGGGCAUGUGCGGCGGCAGCAACGUGAACCCCUGCGACUGGCUGACGUCGGAGCUGCCGCACCUGCUGGACGAGAUCUGCGCCAUGGCCGCCUCCGUCCAGCUCAGCUACACGCGGGGGAACGCCGGCACGAACCCCCAGGCGGAGCGGGACGAGGAGGAAGAGGAGAGGCGGGCCGGCCUGAACGGCGAAGGCGUGAAGCUCUCCAGAGCCGAGGCCAAGCUGGCCUGGCUGGCGGCCGGAGGAGACACGGACAGAGCCGUGAGGCAGCUGCUGAGGGACCGACAGACCAAGAUGCGGGAGCUUCACUCUCUGGGUUUCCGGGACGUGGCGCGGUGCGAGGAGGCCCUGCGGCAGAGCGGCGGGGAGGUGAAGGGGGCUCUGUCUCUGCUCCAGCGCCCCCUCCUGGAGUCCUUCCACCAGCGCAUCUGGACCGACCAGCCGGAGCCGCCCAUCGACCCCAAGCACCCGGACAAACAGAGGAUGUGCCGCCGCCUGCUGGCGCUGUACGACCUGCCCAGCUGGGGGCGCUGCGAGCUGGUGCUGUCGCUGCUGCAGGAGCAGGACGUGUCCUGCUCCCUGGAGGACGUGGUCCAGGCCGUCAAGGAGUCCAACGACAAAGACUUCAUCCGCCGCCUCCUCAUCAACGAGUGUCCCUGCUGCCUGAGCGUCUUCCCCCGCAGCAAGAUGCAGUCCCUGACCUCCUGCCAGUGCUCCAUCUGCCACGACUGCUUCAGGCAGCACUUCACCAUCGCCGUGAGGGACAAGCACAUCCGGGACAUGGUGUGUCCGUCCUGCAGCGAGCCGGACAUCAACGACCCCGAGCAGCUGGACAGCUACUUCUCCACGCUGGACAUACAGUUGCGGGACUGUUUGGAGCACGACGUGUUCGAGCUGUUUCACAAGAAGCUGACCGAGCACACGCUCAAGAAAGAUCCAAAGUUCCUGUGGUGCUAUAAUUGCACCUGUGGGUUUAUCAACGAUGGAGACCAGCUGAAGGUCACCUGCCCGUCCUGCCGCAAGAGUUUCUGUGCUCAGUGCAAGAAGUCGUGGGAGCCCCAGCACCAGGACGUGACCUGCGAGCAGUUCCAGCAGUGGAAGCGGGACAACGACCCGGAGUACCAGAAGCAGGGCCUGGCCGGCUACCUGCGGGACAACGGCAUCACCUGUCCUCAGUGCCGCUUCCAGUACGCCCUGACCAAAGGCGGCUGCAUGCACUUCACCUGCUUCCAGUGCAGGUACCAGUUCUGCAGCGGCUGCAACAACCCCUACCAAACGACCGGCUGUAAGACGGCUCAGUGUAACUACAACGGGCUCCACGCCCACCACCCCAGAGACUGCCUCUUCUAUCUGCGGGACUGGGACCCGGCGCAGCUGCAGGAGCUGCUGCAGAGGAGCAGCGUGGAAUUUAACACCGAGCCUUCCGACGACGCUUCCAUCGACGCCUGUGGUGUGAUGGAGCAGAAAGACGAGGGCAACCAGCAGUUGGACUCGCCGUGCGGCAUCCAGACUCACCCUGGUCAGGCCGGACUCUGCGAGAAGCACUACAAGGAGUACCUGGUGAGCCUGAUCAACAUUCACUCUCUGGACCCCGCUCUGCUCUACGACGCCAAAGACCUGGAGAUCGCCUGCAAGAGGUACCUGGUGGAGGUGCCGAGGGGAGAGGCCGAGGACGACCAGACGCACCAGGCGCGAAUGCUCAAGAAACUGAUGGAGGUCCCACUCGGAGAAAAAGUUCCCAGAAACAAAUGAAGACAAUCGAGCCUGGAGUUAAUGUCGGUUGUGUUUGGGGGAGAAAAAAAAACUGUUUUAUUUGAGUUUAAAAUCAUAUAAUAGCUGUUUGAUUUCUUUCCUGUUUUUAUCCAUAUUUUAAUGUCUUUAAAACUGGAAAAAGAAUCUAUUUUGGGAAAGAGAGUUUUUAUAGAGUUUAAUAAGCUCUUCAACAGUUUGAAAGUGAAAAUUUUAAACGAGAGAAUCAAGAGAACAAGGCUUUUCAAAGUCAUAACACUUUAAAAAAAAAAAUAAAGCUUUUUGUUUAAAAAUGUGUAUAAAUAGAUCAAUGUUUCACUGUGCUGCUUUAAAAAGUCUUGUUCAGCCUUAUUCUGCACAAUACGUUUUAUCCGUGUCAAGGGUACCGUGAUUAGAUAUUGUUCUUCAUAUUUGAUCAUAUUCUCAAAUGAAAAGUGUCAUUCAGGAGAACUAACUCGGUGUCAGAGGUUGUUUUCCAACAUGAAGGAGCAAUAUUGUUCAUAUUUUUCAUCAUUUACACUCUUAGUACUUCGCUAUUCACCACUGUUUUUACAUGUUUUCAUUUCUGUUUUUAUUAAUUCAUUGGAGACGAAGUAAAUGAAGUUGCUGAAUGUGGUCGGAUUAAACAGUGCCACUUUCAAAGGAAUCAGUUUGCAGCAUGGCGGAUCAUUUGUUCCUUCAGAUAUCAAAUCAUACCAGUCAGUUUUCUGUUUGAGCGGUCGAAAUGAGCUCAAUAAAGGAUUAUUUUACAAACA